ACACGGCGAGGAUAAAGCAAGAUGGCGUCUGACGGUGAAGACGUUAUUGCAGUCGUCACAGUUCAGUGUUCUUAAUCUGUGCCUCCAUGUACACAUAUAUGUCCUUUAUUACACUCUAGUAAAUAGAGUAAACAUCGUUAAUAACUGUUUGCAUCCGGUUAUAUUAGUCUGAGCGCACUUUGAUGCUUCUCGAGCUAGCUUAGCCUGCUAGUUAGUUUAGCUUGUUAGCUGCUAACAAAGAGAGGCGGAAGUGAUCAAAACACAUCACUAAGUAGAGAUCAAGUGUGAGUGUAAAGUGUUGUGAUUGUGUGAAAAUGUGCCAAAGAACCACAGCAGAGUACGAGGAGGAACUUUGUCCAACAAAAGAGGAGAAGGAGCGACAACAUGAAAAACAUCAAGUUGUGUUACACAGAACAGACAUCCAUCAGCUGAUUGGACACCAAGAAGAAUGUCUCCCUCAUCUGCAGGGGGACAGUUUCACUUUAGAGUAUCCACAGCUCUCAAAUUUUAAAGGGGACAAGGAGGUUCCACAGCCCCCCUAUUUCAAAGAGGAAGAGGGGGGAGAGUGUCCUGUAGGGCAGGAGGAGGCUGAUGUCAGCAAGUUUCCACUGACUGUUGUCUCUGUGAAGACUGAAGAGCAUGAAGACAAACCACCUGAGUCCUCACAGCUUCAUCACAGUCCAAACAUCUGUGAAGAACAUCUUCACCCUGAGCAACAGAAGUGGAGCUUCAGGAUGCGGACAGAGGAGCCACAGCCCUCCCACAUUAAGAAGGAAGAGGAAUACCCACUGAUACUCCAUUUUAAAAAGGAAGAGGAGGACCCACUGACACCCCGAUUUAAAGAGGAAUAUGUGGAUCCACUGACCCCUCACAUUCAAGAGGAAGAGGAAGAGCACAGCAUCAGUCAGCAGGGAGAGCAUCUUGAAGGACUGGAGGAGGUUGAUGUCACCAAGAUGCCAGUGACUGGUGUCCCUGUGAAGAGUGAAGAUGAUGAGGUGAAAGGUGAAAGUGAGGAGAGGGGAGGGGGGGAGCCUCCAAGCAGCAGCUCAACACAACACAUGACAACAGAAGCUGAUGGAGACCACUGUGGAGGAUCACAAGCAGACAAGCUCUUAGCUCCACUAUCAGAUAGUGAGGACACAACGUCACACUCUCCUGACACUGAUGAUGAAGACUCUAAAGAUGAUAAGACAUGUCACACUGACAACACUCACUUCACAUCUUCUCACUCUCACAAAACCUUUAAAUACCAUAGUCGUCUGAAAAGACACAUGAGAACACACACCGGGGAAAAACCUUUUUCAUGUUCAAUCUGUAGUAAAGAUUUUACUAAAAGACAAAAUUUGAAAAGACACAUGAGAACACACACUGGAGAAAAACCUUUUUCAUGUUCAAUCUGCAGUAAAGAUUUUACGCAUUGGCACAAUUUGAAAACACACAUGAGAAUACAUACUGGUGAAAAACCUUUUUCCUGCUCAGAAUGUGGCAAAAGUUUUGUAAUAAAUCAAAGGUUAAAAGUACACAUGAGAAUACGAACUAGAGAAAAAACUUUUUCCUGCUCAGAAUGUGGUAAAAGUUUUGUAACAAAUCAAACCUUAAAAGCACACAUGAGAACACACACUGGUGAAAAACCUUUUUCGGGUUCAAUCUGUGGUAAAGAUUUUACUCUAAGGCCCCUUUUAAAAACACACGUGAGAACACACUCUGGUGAAAAACCAUACUCUUGUUCAAACUGCAACAAAAGCUUUCGUCACCGACAAUCUUUCACAGUACACAUGAGAAGACACCCAGGAGAGAAAGUGUUGAGUUGCAGUGUGUGUGGUGAAAGAUUGUCUUCUAAGUAGCAGUGUAAGAAACACAAGUGUGCUGGUGAGAACAGCAGCAGCAAAUGAAACUGCAGGAUUUGAAAUAAACUGUCCAGACUUUCAUUUUGACUUUCUAACAACAUCAGCACAUAUAACAUGUGUGACAUUGUUGUUUGUCUAACAAUCUUUUUAAUAUGCUUCUACAUUUAUAGAUUAGACACUUCAGAUUAGUGCUUUUAUUACAGUCAAGUACAUGAGUUAAUAUACACAUUUGUGUACUUUGAAAUGAACACAACAAUUUGACUGAAAAGGUGAGAAUAAAUAGUAUAUAAAAUAUGUUACUUACAGUAAACAUUUUAAGUGUAGAUAUCCAUAAUUUACUUUUAUACUUAUUCAUAAUCGUGUUUCAUAUGUUUUUUGUAAUAAUGAAGAGUUGCAUAUUUUAUUUUCUAAUCGUAGAUGAUUCCAUAGAUGAACUCUUAUAUAUGAUGUACAUAUUUGUUUUACAUGUGUUCAUACCUUUGCUUUUGAGUACACAUAAAUCCCUCUUAGUUCAUAUUUACUGGUUCACAUCUGAAACAUCUUCUGGACCACUUCUGGAAGCAUAUUAUCAUUUACUUUAUACAUCAUUGGUGCAGGGAACGGUGCUGGCCCCUCUUCUCUUCACCCUGUACACCGCUGACUUCUGCUACAACUCAGAGCUGUGUCACAUCCAGAAGUACGCGGAUGACACAGCCAUCGUCGGGUGCAUCAGGGACGGCAGAAAGGAGGAGUUUCGGAACCUGGUGAGGGACUUUGUUGUCUGGUGCCACACGAACGUCUUGCAGCUCAAUCCGUCAAAGACCAAGGAGCUGGUCAUUGACUUGGGGAGGUCGAGUCCACGGUCACAACCUAUUGUGAUCGAGGGAGUUGAGGUACAGACCGUGGACUCAUUCAAGUACCUCGGGGUUUGGGUGGACAAUAAGCUGGACUGGACUGUUAACACGGACCACCAGUACAAGAAAGGACAGAGCAGGCUGUACUUCCUCAGGAGACUGCACUCCUUCAACAUUUGUAGAAAACUCCUGUGGAUGUACUACCAGUCUGUGGUUGCCAGUGUUCUGUUCUACAUGGUAGUGUGCUGGGGGGGCAGUACAUCUAAGAAGGACAGCUCCAGACUUGAGAAACUGAUCAGGCGGGCCGGUUCUACAAUCGGAAUGAAACUGGACUCACUGGUGAGGGUGGCAGAGAAGAGGACUGUGGACAAACUAGUGAGCAUCCUGGAUGAUGCCAGUCACCCUCUGCAUAGUGUUAUCAGUAGCCAGAGGAGCCUGUUCAGUUCUAGACUGCUUCAUCCCAAGUGCAGGAUUAAUAGACUCAAAAACUCCUUUGUCCCACACGCCAUUAGACUGUACAACUCCUCUCUGGGGCGGGGGGCGGGGGGUACUAGGAUGACAGGGGAUGCAAAACAAUAACAGUGCAAUACGUUUUCAUAACAUGGUCACUACUGCCUACUUUGUCUUGUUAAAUUCUUAUUUUACUGUUAUAUUGUUGUUCCCAUUGUUUUUAUUCUUUUUGUAAUAUUUCUCUAUUUUGUUUCCUUUUAAACCCCCAUUAUUUACUUUUUACUUUCUUUUUUUUUUUUAAAUUGAUCUCAACUCUGUACACUGCUGCUGGAAUUUUAAAUUUUCCUGAAGGAACUCUCCUGAAGGAAUCAAUAAAGUACUAUCUAUCUAUCUAUCUAUCUAUCUAUCUAUCUAUCUAUCUAUCUAUCUAUCUAUCUAUCUAUCUAUCAUUUGAACAAUUGUUUUUUUAUACAAGAUCAUUUACUUUUAAAAUGUGUGACUUUAUGAAUCAUUUGUUGGGUCUCUAUAAUCCAUUCUAUUAAUUGUCCUUUUUACUUUCUUGUGUAAUAUGAAUAUUGUUUUGUGAUUGUUUUAUAUGUAUGUCCCCAGACCUUUAUGCAAUAAACAAUGUAUGACUCAACUAAAGUUGGGUACAAUAAUUAUAGUUAAUAUUCAUAAGUAUGUAUUUUAUUCUAUUUCGUAUUGCACUCCAUUUUUUUAUGUUUUCUUUAUAUGACUUACAUGUAGUGUCCAGCUUACUUCAUCAUCUAUAUUAACUCCUAAAAAUGUGAUGACCUUUAUUCCUUUCAUUUCAAUAUUAUCCAUCAUAAUUUGUGUUUUACAUUUUUACAAUCUCCAAAUAUGGUAUAUUUAGUUUUAAGUGGAAACAAGUGGAAAGGGGAUCAAUUGGAAGUCUCCUAUCAAAUUUUAAAAGAAAACUUGAAAUUAUCAAAGUGUGGUUAAAGCUGAGAAAACUAAAUAUUUGUCAGACUUAAUUUUAAGUAGCAUCAGUAAGCCAUUUGUUCUUUUUAAUAACAUCAGUAAUGUUCUUAAACCGAAUCCAGCCACUUCACUGGAGAUGACAAGUGAAACUUGUGAAAAAUUUCUCUCCUUUUUUAAUGAUAAGGUUGCUUCUAUUCUGGCAAAUCUUUCUCGUUUUCCAUUAAGUUUUAAUGUGGCCACUCAGUGCUCGACUGUGUUCUGUCACUUUGAGCCUGUGUCCAUGCCUGAACUUACAGGAAUAGUCGGCAAGCUAAAACCCUCGUCAUGUUCCACAGACCCAGUCCCCCCUCGCUUUUUUAAAGAAAUCUGGGACACUAUUGAUGUGUCUGUUAGGAACAUCAUCAACAGCAGCUUGAUUUCUGGCUGUGUCCCCUCCUUUUGUAAAAGAGCUGUUGUUGAGCCUUUGAUUAAAAAACCAGGUCUUGAUUCGACAAGUUUGUCAAAUUAUCGGCCCAUUUCCAAAUUACCUUUUGUGUCAAAGAUUUUGUAGAAAUGUGUUCUGGCACAACUGCAGCCUUUUUUAGAUGAAAAUAGCACUUUAGAUCCAUUUCAGUCUGGAUACAAAGCUUUGCACAGUACUGAAUCUGCACUAUUAAAGGUUUUUAAUGACUUGCUUUUAAUGUCUGAUUCUGGCAGCUCUGCCAUUUUAGUGCUUUUAGAUCUUACAGCUGCCUUUGACACAGUCGACCACACAAUUCUUUUAGAGCGCCUGAGAGACUGUGUGGGUGUCAGGGGGACUGCGUUACAGUGGUUCAGAUCUUACCUGUCUGAGAGGUCCUUCUCUGUCAGGCUGGGGGACGCCACCUCCUCUUCUGCCCCGCUUUACUGUGGUGUCCCCCAAGGAUCUAUUUUAGGCCCCAUCCUGUUCGCUCUUUAUUUCCUCCCUCUUGGAGAUAUUUUUAAGAAACAUGGAGUGUUUUAUCACUUUUAUGCAGAAGACUGCCAAAUUUAUAUGCUGAUUUCAAAAGGCCACGGCCCCCUGACACCCCUCCUUAACUGUCUAUGUGACGUCAAGGCUUGGUUAGCCCAGAAUUUUUUAAUAAUGAAUGAGGGAAAAACGGAAAUUUUAGUUUUUGGUCCGGCCCUCACUGACUUGGGACCAUUGCAAAAUGAUGUGUGUCCCAAAGUCACCAGCCUUGGCGUCACUAUACACAGCCAUUUUAAACUAGACAAACAAGUCAAGUGCGUUUUAAAAUCGUGUUUUUAUCACCUUCGUCUUUUAGUAAAGGUUAAACCGUUUUUAUCUUUUAACCUUCUUGAAGAAGUCGUGCAUGCUUUUAUUUGAAGUGGCCUGGACUACUGCAAUGCACUUUAUGCUGGCAUUAGCCAAAAAGCUCUCUCCCGGUUGCAGUUAGUCCAGAAGGCGGCAGCAGGACUUUUAACAGGGGCCAGGAAGCGCCAGCAUAUAACCCCAAUUCUUCAGAGUUUGCACUGGCUCCCUGUUCAUUUUAGAAUUGAUUUUAAAACAUUGCUGUUUGUUUUUAAAUCUUUACAUGGACUGGCACCUCAAUAAAUCUCGGACCUCAUCCAAAUUUACAUUCCUGCGCGCGCUCUGAGGUCCGAGAGCCAGUUCCAGCUCGUGGUGCCCAAGACCAGACUUAAGACCAGGGGAGACAGGGCCUUCUCUGUGGUCGGCCCUAAGCUCUGGAACACUCUGCCCCUCCAUGUUCAAACUGCUUCCACAGUGGAGUGUUUUAAGUCUCGUCUUAACACCCACUUU